AAAGAUAGCUUGGAAAGCAAGAUGUCGUGGUGUUGGCAAUAUAGUUAGAUUCUUGAAUCUAAAGAAACCUUAAUCUGUGAGAUUGUGCUCUGUUUCCGCCAUGGAAGACGUCUGCGAAGGAAAGGAGUUCUCUUUCCCUCGGGAAGAAAAGAAAGUUCUCUCCUUUUGGACACAAAUCGAUGCCUUCAAGAAUCAGCUCAAACUCACUGAGAAUUGCAAAGAGUACAUCUUCUACGACGGUCCUCCUUUCGCCACCGGUCUUCCUCACUACGGACACAUCCUCGCCGGUACGAUUAAAGACAUCGUGACUCGGUACCAAACCAUGAAUGGUAAACAUGUAACGCGACGGUUUGGUUGGGACUGUCAUGGUCUCCCUGUAGAGAACGAGAUUGAUCGGAAACUGAAUAUUAAGAGGAGAGACCAAGUUCUUGAGAUGGGUAUUGACAAGUACAAUGAAGAGUGUCGAAGUAUUGUGACACGUUAUGUUGAGGAAUGGGAAAAGAUUAUUACUAGAACUGGUCGUUGGAUUGAUUUCACUGGUCAGAACUAUAAGGAUGUGGUUGAUCCAGAAAUAAUGGUUACAUUUCCUGUUAUUGAUGAUCAAGAUAACGCGGCUUUUGUGGCAUGGACUACUACUCCAUGGACUCUUCCAAGCAAUCUUGGAUUGUGUGUCAAUGCAAAGUUUGUUUAUCUUAAGGUUCGUAACAACAACACUGCAAAAGUCUACGUUGUUGCUGAAUCUCGAUUGUUAUCCCUUCCCAUCGAUAAGCCUAAGGCCGAAACUGCUGGUGAUACCAAGAAAGUGAAAGGUGCUAAGCCUGAGAAUGAAGAGGAUUCUUAUCAAGUUUUGGAAAAAUUUAAUGGAGCUUCCUUGGUUGGGAAGAAAUAUGAACCUUUGUUUGAUUACUUUAACGAUUUCUCAAGUGUGGCUUUUCGAGUAGUAGCAGAUGAUUAUGUCACUAAUGAUAGUGGUACUGGUAUUGUGCUCCUGCUUUUGGGAGAGAAUCUAGUUGUGGCUGUUGAUGAUGAUGGGUUGUUUACUGAGAGAAUUACUCACUUCAGUGGCCUUUAUGUCAAAGAUGCAGACAAGGAUAUAAUUAAAGCCGUGAAGGCCAAAGGUAGGCUUGUUAAGUCCGGGAGCUUUACUCACUCAUAUCCAUUUUGCUGGCGAUCAGACACUCCUCUCAUAUAUAGAGCAGUUCCUAGUUGGUUUGUACGCGUGGAGCAGUUGAAAGAAAAAUUGUUAGAAAACAAUGACAAGACGAAAUGGGUACCUAAAUAUGUGAAGGAUAAACGUUUUCACAAUUGGCUUGAAAAUGCGAGGGAUUGGGCAGUCAGUCGAAGUAGAUUUUGGGGAACGCCUCUUCCGAUAUGGAUCAGCGAUGAUGGAGAAGAAGUUGUGGUCAUGGAUUCAGUUGAGAAGCUUGAAAAGCUCUCUGGUGUCAAGGUCUUUGAUCUUCAUCGUCACCAUAUUGAUCAAAUUACAAUCCCAUCUAGUCGCGGUCAUGAGUUUGGUGUGCUCCGUCGUGUCGAAGAUGUAUUUGAUUGUUGGUUUGAGAGUGGGUCAAUGCCUUAUGCAUAUAUCCAUUAUCCAUUUGAAAACAAGGAGCUAUUUGAGAAGAACUUUCCUGGUGAUUUUGUUGCUGAAGGGCUUGAUCAAACUCGUGGAUGGUUUUAUACUCUUAUGGUGUUAUCUACUGCAUUAUUUGACAAACCAGCAUUUAAGAAUCUGGUUUGCAAUGGUCUCGUGCUUGCUGAGGAUGGAAAAAAGAUGAGUAAGAAAUUAAAGAAUUAUCCACCACCUUUGGAUGUCAUAGAUGAGUAUGGAGCUGAUGCUGUGAGAUUGUACCUGAUAAAUUCUCCGGUUGUACGUGCUGAGCCACUACGCUUCAAAAAAGAAGGAGUACUUGGUGUUGUCAAAGAUGUAUUCCUUCCAUGGUACAAUGCAUAUCGGUUCCUUGUUCAGAAUGCAAAGAGACUUGAGAUUGAAAUUUUUCUAGCUACGCAGACUCUAGUCAAGGAUGUCCACGAAAAGAUGGAUGAAUAUCGUCUUGACACCGUGGUUCCUCUUCUCUUGGAGUUCCUUGACAAUCUCACUAACAUGUAUGUUAGAUUCAACCGCAAGAGGUUAAAUGGCCGUACAGGAAAAGAUGAUUGUCACACUGCUCUUUCAACUCUAUACAACGUUCUCCUUACUUCUUGCAAAGUGAUGACUCCUUUUACACCGUUCUUCACAGAGACUUUAUAUCAGAAUGCAGAGCCGGCCCGGAGGACAGGCCACCCAAGCGGGCCUCACAAAUGCUCGGACCGGCACUAUCAGAAUGACAGAAUCUACGGAAAGUGUGUGAAGGUUCUGAGGAAAGCAUUCAUUACUGUAGUUUUCCACAAAAGGAAGAAGCGAGGGGAGAGGAUUGAGGAAAGUGUUAAAGAGAUGAAAAAAAUCAUUGAACUUGCUCGGAACAUUCGUAAUCGUAAGAGUGAUAAGCGUCAAGAACAACUACCUUUGAAAACUCCUUUAAAGGAAAUGAUUGUAGUCCAUUCAGAUGCAGAAUUCUUGGAUGACAUAACUGGAAAACUAAAACUGUAUGUCUUGGAUGAACGUAAUGUAAGAUCUCUUGUCAUAUGCAAUGAUACUUUGAAGUAUGCAUCACUGAAAGCAGUGCCAGAUUACAGGAAGUUAAAAAAAAUGUCUCAUCAAGAUAUCUUAAGAUUUAAGGAGACUAAGGAAGUCAUUAUUGCUAAUCACUCGCUAAAGCUAAUAGAUAUUAAGAUUGUCAGAGAUUUCAAACGUCCAGAUGGUUUGAAAGAUACAGAGAUUGAUGCAGCUGUAGAUGGCGAAGUUAUGGUGAUUCUUGAUCUUCGAGAAGAUGAAUCUUUGAAAAAUGAAGGUGUUGCCCGUGAGAUUGUCAAUAGGAUCCAGAAACUACGAAAAAAGUCUUGUCUCGAACCAACAGACUUUGUGGAAGUGUACUUUGAAUCAUUGGACAUGGAUGAAUCUGUUGUGCAACAAGUUCUAUGCUCACAGGAACAAUACAUUAGGGAAAAAAUAGGCUCCCCUUUGCUUCAUUCUACUUUGAUGCCACCAUAUGUAGUCAUAAUAUCUGAUGAGAGUUUUGAAUUGAAAGAAUCCAAAUUUUCAUUUAAGAUAAGUUUGGCUAGACCAGCUUUAAAGUUCAAUGAAGAAGCUCUUCUCGCUUUGUACUCGGGAGAUGUGGAAUUCGUAACCCGGCUCCAAACAUACUUGUUAUCGAGGGAUCAUUCAAAUUUAAAAUCAGAGUUCCAAGCCGGAGAUGGGAAGAUAAGUGUAAGCUGCAUUGAAAAGCUCCCUGUUGUGACUGUGGUUCUAGGAGAACAGUUGCAUUUGACAGUCGGUGACUACUUAUUGAGCAAGAAGAGCACAUGAGAACCUUUUAAAGUGUUUUCUACUAGAUUGUUGCAAAAAAGUUAGAUAUGUGUGUUGAGACUUUGUACUCGUUCUAUUUGUACAAUACUAAACUUUUGAUCUAUUU